UAUCUUUGAUGUACAUCUAAAUCCAAUUGUCUUUAUCAUAUGCAUAUAAAUAAUUACAGUGGUUGUGUAAAUGUUAUGUCUUAUUCAUGAUAAAUAAAACAUUAAUUUUAAUCGAUACAGUGUUCCCAGAUUUUGGUAUAGUUGUAAUCUUAUUAAUAGAUAAUAAUAGUUUUGCAAGCAGUUGCUAUAUUAUCGAUUGCAGUAAUUAAAUUAAAGUAUGUAAAAAAUAAAGGAUACGUACACAUUUGCUGUCAUACGUGCAUUGACAUUACUCGCAAAUCUGUUAAUAUUCAGUUAGUAAAACAAAAAAAGGACAUAAAAAUUCUUACAUACGUAACCAGUCGUACAGUUUAUUUAAUUAUUGGUGACAAAACAUUUCUACUGACAGAGGUAAUAAGAUUUGCAAGUAAUUUGUUGUGAGUUUAUCAAAAAACAAAUUUAAACAGACAAUAUGGGUUCUGGACAAAGUACUCGUAAACUUACUAUCAAUAACGAAGAAAUAGGUGUAAUAGAAAUAUCAGAAUCCGUUGUGGAGCGUUUAACUCAAAAAGUGCCUGAAACAAAUAUUAACAUGGCAAGUGAAGUAAGACCUACUACUUUAGCGGAGCCGUCUUCUAAAAGAACUGUUUCUCAACAAUUACCUCAAAGUGGUGAUAUACCAGCGAAUGUUGGAUAUCCCACAUAUCAUCCACAAUUAACUUUAACCGCUCUUCAAAUACAGCAACAGAAUGAACAAGAAUUUCGUAAACAGGAUAAUUAUUGGCAACAACGUUUGCAGAAAUUGGAACAGAAACAUUCAGAAAUUAAUGAAAUCAUUAACGCAGAAUAUAAAAAAGCAGCGGAACAAUUAUAUAUUGAUGGUAAAAAAGGGGUAAAUAUUCAUGAUACUGUCCAACCAUGCAAAAAUAGUUCUGAGAAAGUGUUCAAAUGUUACCAGGACCAUCCUAAAGAAAUUCUGAAGUGUUCUACCUUAGUCGAAGAGUUUUCUAAUUGCGUAGAUCAGCGUCGUGCUCGUGUGAUUGCAGCACGUUGUUAAUAUAUCUUAAUAUUGAAUUAUUAGUAGCCAAACGUAAUGUUAUUUAAUAAAAAAAUUUCAAAAAAUAAAUUAUCUGAAAAUAAAUUAUGUAAUAUAUAUAUAUAUAUAU